AUGGCAACCAAUUCAAGAACUCUCGAGUUCACGCUUCUGUCAGCGGAAGGUCUCCACAUCAGGGGGAAACCGGCAGACAAGAACGUCUUCGCGGUGGUUCGCGCGGACUCCAUAGCCAGCCACACGACGGCGACAGCGACAGCGACGGGGAGCAACGGGUCGCUGUCCUGGAAGGAGACGUUCUCGGUGGAAGUGGGGGCGCACGCGAGGUGCAUGACGAUUGAAGUGAAGUGCAGGACGGGAGCGGGAGAGAGAGACGUUGGCGUGGCAAGAAUCGCGCUUUCGGAUUUUCUGGGAGGGUCGGUCCCCGAACACAAGUUGCAGUUUUUGUGCUACAGGUUGAGGGACUGGGAUGGGAGAGAAAAUGGGAUCGUUAAUUUCUCCGUCAGAGUGGUGGCGCCGCCGCCUCACGAUGGCGGCGCUGAGGAUGAUUGUGCGCCGUCGUUGGGUGGAGUUGUUACCGGCAUUCCCGUUUGGAGGAACGAGUCAUCGACAAGUAGCAUGAGCAAUGUUUGA